CUCUUGGUGUCACUCUGGUCGUGUCCUGUCUGAACUCUUAUGGACAUCUAUCUGUCCAACACGUCGUCUCGUGUCCUCUGGAGACUCACGCGGACCAACGUGGACGCCGACGAGAGAGGAGGCCGUCUGCGUGGCCGUGGACGCGACCGCGGAUGGUGAUUUAAGGGUCGUGUUUUUUCUGAGUCUCAUUCUCUUGGUUUCAUCCAGACAUCACCAUUAAGAUUUCAAAAUGAGGAUCUUUGUGUCUCUGAUGAAAAACGUAAAUCCCAAAAUCGAGUAUUACUCCAGAUUUUCUCCGUCACCGCUCUCAAUCAAACAGUUUUUGGAUUUUGGCAGGAACAAUGCCUGUGAAAAGACAUCCUACAUGUUCCUGCGUAAGGAGCUGCCGGUGCGGCUGGCCAACACCAUGCGAGAGGUCAACCUGCUCCCUGAUAAACUGCUCAGCCGGCCUUCAGUCAGACUGGUGCAGAAAUGGUACAUGCAGAGCUUUGUGGAGCUACUGGAUUAUGAGAACAGAAAGCCAGAGGACGGCCAAGCUCUGAAUGACUUCCUGGAGCUCUUGAUUGAGAUCCGUAACCGUCACAACGACGUGGUUCCCACCAUGGCUCAGGGAGUCAUCGAGUACAAGGAGAAGUUUGGCUUUGACCCGUUUAUCAGCAGCAACAUCCAGUACUUCCUCGACCGCUUCUACACCAAUCGCAUCUCUUUCCGCAUGCUCAUCAACCAGCACACUCUCCUGUUUGGUGACGACACCAACCCUGCCCACCCCAAACACAUCGGCAGCAUUGAUCCCACCUGCAGUGUGGCUGAAGUCGUGAGUGAUGCCUACGACACGGCCAAGAUGCUGUGUGAGAAGUACUACUUGGCUGCUCCCGAGCUGAAGAUUGAGGAGUUCAACAUGAAGGCCCCUAAAAAGCCCAUCCAGGCGGUGUAUGUGCCCUCUCAUCUGUUUCACAUGCUGUUUGAGCUCUUCAAGAACUCAAUGAGAGCCACAGUGGAGCUUCAUGAAAACAGUGAAGAGGGAUUACCACCUGUAAAAGCAAAAGUCACUCUGGGCAAAGAGGAUCUUUCCAUCAAGAUCAGUGACCGAGGAGGAGGAGUUCCUCUGAGGAAGAUUGAUCGUCUGUUCAACUACAUGUACUCCACUGCUCCUACACCAAGCCUGGAGCAAGGAGCUGUCCCAUUGGCUGGUUUUGGCUAUGGUUUGCCGAUUUCUAGGCUCUAUGCCCGAUACUUCCAGGGGGACCUGAAACUUUACUCCAUGGAGGGCGUUGGCACUGAUGCUGUCGUCUAUCUGAAGGCCCUUUCCAGUGAGUCCUUUGAGCGUCUGCCUGUCUUCAACAAGUCGGCGUGGCGGCAUUACAAGACCAGCCCCGAGGCGGACGACUGGAGCAACCCCAGCAAAGAGCCGCGUGAUGCCAGCAAGUCCAAAUACAAAGCCAACAGAUGAACUCGACCUGACUCCGCUAACCCGGCCCUCUGCCGGCCGCCCAAAGGCACUCUGCCCGGAGCAUGUCCGAUGAAAGGUUUCCCUUGGGUAAAUGUUUGGUUUAUGAUCAGAUUUGCUUUUGCGUUCCGGUGGUUCAGGCCCUGAACAUGUGUACACCCAAUGGCAAUGACGUUCAUCCACGUGGAGCUUUCGUUUUUGUGGCAUUUACCGCCGGCUCUCUCUGAAGAUGAAGUCUAAAAUGAACCUCUUCCAAAGUAUAGAUCCCCUCUUCUAAAUCUUUCCUAAUGUUGACUCCAUUUCCUCCUCUAUCCGACGGUUACUUCGAGCUAAACUCGCUGUAUCGCCGUCCCCUCUCCCUCCAUCUCACUCGCAUUUUUGCCGAGUUUAUUUCUUUCUUUGCUGACGAGGUCACUCCUCCCCGUGGCUGAAUAAGCCACACACUGCUGAUUAAGGGUCUUUCUCACCAUCACUGAAGGCUUGUAUUCCAUUUCUUCCUCUCAAACACAAGCAUGGGUCAGGGGGGUUGGAUUUCAGAGCAAAUUGGAUGAGUAAGAAGAGGUUUCAUUUCCUUCCUUUGGAAGACACAAUUAGGCCAGUGUGUCAUUGGCAUAGUAAAGCGCUGUUUUGUAUUUAAGCCUGGGAAACUAGAAGCCAGGAUUGCCUCAAGAUGAGAGAAAAUAAUAUCUCUUUUGGGAAGAAUUUAGAAAGCAGUCCAUUAUUUAAAGUAUCUCUAAAGUUGUAUUUAAUUUGUGAAGAGAGAAAGCCUUACUUAUAUCAUAUUUCAUGCUCCAAAAAAAUCUGCCUUGAAUGCUCCACUGGAAAUGGAAGUUUAUUUGUAACAGGGGAAUGUAAGAGAACAAAGGUCGACCGGCAAUACUGACCCUCAUCAGACAUUUCUGCUUGCAAGCCAAUGCUGCACCCUGAUUUAGCUACUAAAGGGCCAAAGGAGCCUCUGUAGGAUGCUUGUAAAAUGCCUCGCAGCUUCAACCACACCAGCAUGAUGCGUUGUGUGAACCCUCACAGAGAAGCAUGGACCGGUCGCCUCUGACGAGGAUUAUAAAAGUGUGAAUACAUCUUUAUGUCUCAUGGUGGACACGCGACAUUCUCAAAGCUCGGACUUGUUUCCCUAACAGUGCUUCAUCCAUUAAGCGUUGCAUCUCAGUUGUUGUAUUACUAAUCUGUUUGAACAAAGUUUGUGUAUUUUAAAGGGUUCCUUUUUGUAUUCAUUACCAUCACCGAACUUAAAGAAUUAGAAUAUACAGCUAAAAUCCAGAGUAAAUUGACAGUUUUAACUUAUUUUUAUCCUGGAUAAACAACUCUUCAUUUACUUUUUAUCUCUGACAUCGGAACAGCAUUACGUUGAAUUAUGUUUCUGAAAGGAAAUCAAGCAUUGUUGGGAAAAACCAGCAGGGAAAAUCCCACGAGGCUAAAGUAGCCCAGAAUCUCUUGGUACAGACGCAGUGUGUCAAACCAUCCGAUAUUUGACACAAGAAUCACAUUCAGGAACGUUUUAAUUGUAUGACUACUGCUAUUAUUACCUUUCAUGCAAUCAUAUUGUAUUUAUAUAUAGACUAUUAAUAAUGAUCAGGGAAGAUCCCAGGUCCCCACUUGCACUCGCUAAACCUUCUUCCUAAGAGCAAUCCUAUUUAUAACUACUGAAAAAUGACACACCUAAAUCCAACAUGGCCCAAAAAACGUGUCAAUAAUCUGAAGUGGCUUCCUUCUCUCGUCUCCUUUAGCGCCAUCUGAUGUGAGAAGAAAGGAGCGUAGGUGAAGAGUACAGUCUGAAAAGCUCCCCUCGCCCCCUUCCUGUAGCGUUCCCCGCUUUUCAGCCUCACUGAAAGAUCUCACUGCCAACGCUGUCGUAACCUGCCAGACUUACUGAUUGAUGCUCAGCAACCAACCUGCUGUGAAGGAAGUGUUGUAUACUUGAGCGUGUUCUCUCUUUAAAUGUCUCGGUUCACCACCUUUUAAUCGGUUUUAAUCACAAUCAACAUCUGUCAAAGUUCACACCUUUUGUAAAAAAGUUUUCCACUCCAGUUGUGUGAUUUAGAGUAAUCAACCUUCACUGUGAGACACUGUCUCUGUUCCUCUGGUAUUUCAGAUGAUAUUGUGUGUACAACUAUUAUUAAUGUGUUUGCAGUACAUGAAGCCGGUGUGGAGUGAUCGCUCUAUUUUUCUAUCCUACUGUAUCUACAGUUUUAACAAAUGUUUGCUCACUGGGGGGGAUGCAACAUCAUAUACCAAGAAAGGUGGCAGAGCAGUGUAAUAAUGUGAUUCAGCAUGAGAUCAACUUGACAAACCCGACAAUAAAGAAAACUGCUGUUGUGACUCGCA